CCAAGCGUCGGUAUGGUCGAUCGCAGUCAUUUCGUAUUACAUCCUGAUGAUUGCAGGAAUCUUGAGAACCGGCCCUUCCAGACUUCCACGUCACCCUCGAGGGAAGCGUCGGGAUACAAAUGCCCCAGAGCGAUGGGAUCAAGGAAGCGCAUAUUCAGUGCCAGCCCUUGAGGUUGGUCUGUCAUAGCAAUACCCUGGUUCCUUAAAUUCUAUACGUUUCACCGGCAAGUCAUAAGACCAAUGGACUAAAUACGGGAUAUAAGCUGUAGAUACAUGACCAGAAAUCCAAAUUCUUCUUUUCAACGAUCAUUUCUUCUCCAUCUUUUUUGUUUCGUCAUCACGACAAGUGCAGUGCUGACAUUCGUACAGAAAGUCGAUGAACCCAUUGUAGAGGGUUCAAAUGGCGGCAGCGCCCUCGAAUGUACAGAAUGCAGAGCUCUCAUCGGCAGCAUCGACCUCUCAAGCGACGGUCACAAACUCCGCAAGUCGCGUCUCGCGCUCUCCCUCAGCCCCGAGCAGCCGCCAGUCUUCUUCCAAUCAGAACUCUGGUUGACGAGCCAACUCCUAAAUUCCAUCUCCACCCAAGGCGUCCGGAAAUUCACCGUCGUCAGCGGCACAUCGCCAUCCUCGACCUCUAGAGCCUCAUCGCACGUCCCGAAUCCUCUCAACAUCUGGAUCUUUACCCCUGAUCUCAAGAUUGCAUCCACAGCCUCACCUUUCAAAACGCCACUACGAGUCGCGAAGAUUCUCUGGAAGGACUCCGAAGCGGUUUUCUCGGGCACAGACGAGGGACGCUUGGACAGGAAAGCAUUGUCGCAGGGUCAUAUUGAGAUACCGGAAGAUGAGAUGUCUGAAUUACGGGCUUGUCUGGAGGGGAGUGCGAGGCUGUUGCCGGAAGGCGGAAGGGAGUUUCGGGGUUGGAGGGUUGCGCUCAUGGAGAGGUUUUGAUGGAUGUAUAUUUGUGUAUGUAAUCAAUCGAACGGUCGAGAAAGAGACAUGACUACUCGCGAUAGGACUAUCUGUUGAAGGUACGACACAAAAGUCACGGCAGCUCGUAUAACAGAACCGAUAAAGUCUGU